GAAAUAAGUCGGAAGUGACGAGUGAACACCGUAAGCAGGAACCGGGAAGCACGGCAGAAUAAAGACAUUGCUUUAGUAGAAUACCGUACUAUAUAUUUAUAUAUAUAUUUGUGACGAAUAAGCUUUUUUUUAAUCCAGCUUUGUCGGUGGUGAUAUUUAGAAACCAGCAAUUGAUUUUACAAGUAUUAGACGUUGGCUACGAGAGCACGGGGGGACGACUCUGUAGUGGCCCCUCCCUUCUGCCGCAUCUGUCAUCGGGGUAGAGUCGGGCGGAUUGUGUGGAGAUGGCAGCGCCGUCGGUCGGAGGCGACAGGGCCGCCAGGUUAGACAUAGCGGUCGGUGACGGAAAGCCUGUGUAGCUGGCCUGGCUAAUCUGCCGAGACAUGCCCGGGCAGAGAGCUAAGAGAAACUGCAGUGUCACCGAUCGGCUUGUGAACAGCAACGAGCAGAUAUUGGCCAUCGGAGCCGACUUGCUGAAGGACUUCAUCUAUGAGCGUGUGAGGCGCCAUGCUGAGGGGGACUUCACAGUGACCCGCAGCCAGCUGGGAAGCUCUGAGCUGUGUGACCCCGCCCACAAGCAGCUGGCGCAGUGUCUGCAGAAGAUCGGCGACGAGCUGGAUGGCAAUGUGCAGCUGAAGGAGAUGAUAAAUAAUACUGCACUGAAGCCUACUAGGGAGGUUUUCUGCAGCGUGGCCUGUGAGAUCUUCUCUGAUGGGAAAUUCAACUGGGGCAGGGUGGUGGCACUCUUCUACUUUGCCUGUCGGCUUGUCAUCAAGGCCCUAGUGACCAAAGUCCCUGAUAUAAUCCGCACCAUCAUCACUUGGACUGUAGACUACCUGCGGGAUCAUGUAAUCAGCUGGAUCAGGGAGCAGGGGGGCUGGGAAGGCAUUAAGUCGUACUUCGGCACACCCACGUGGCAGAUGGUGGGCGUGUUCCUGGCUGGCGUUCUCACCACCGUCCUGGUCACCCGCAAGAUGUGAGAAGCGAGGGAACCCAUCUACGUGGGAGUGUGGACUGGAGCAGCUGGAGAGCUCCUGCAGUGCCCAAUCCUUCCACCGGGGGCAGCAUGGGGAACAUGCUAAACGGUGUCUCACUGUAGGCAGCUGGAGAGCUGACAGCAGCCAGACCGUCAGCAGGGGUGGCUGAAAUCCUUCCCCCACAUUUAGGGCUGUGUACAUGCCCCCCCACUGUGCUCCCUGCACUGACAGAACACACCUGGUGUGAUAUUGACCUCUUUCAGCAUAGUGUUAAUGUACUGUACCGUGAAGCAGCUCCUAUCUGAAACCUGCACACCUCUUACUGUUUCCUCUUUGCUUUUGACAGCUUUUCUAUGGUGUUUCAUAAAACAAAAAACAUUAUGCUUUUUUUUAGUUAAUGGUGCCUUCCAGUCUUUUCCAAGCAGGACUUUGAUAUCAGUCUCAAGUUUUCUACACCUUUGUAUGAUUUUGCUGUAUGCUGUAUGAAUUUCCUUCAUGGCUGGUUUUUGUACCAUUUUAAUAAGAUUUUUAUGAAUUAAAAGCAUCCACAACCUGUGUGUGCUUCUCCUGA